GAACUCAAUAUUAUAAUUACUGUACUGAACUGCCCCAAUUCUCCCCCCAAAAAUCGCAUUUUCCUUCUUCUUUUCCGGGGUCUGAAUUUUGAACCCUCCUUUCCUACUUAUUAUUCACUGUCACUCUCACACUCCCCAAUGGUCACCAAUUCUUGCUACAUCAUCUUCUUCUCCGUCAUUACGAGCAUGGUUUGUAGGGUUGGAGCACUGGGUGUAAACUGGGGUACUUUAGCUUCCCACCCACUUCCUCCCCACAAGGUGGUGAGCCUCUUGAAGUCCAACAACAUCAACAAGGUCAAGCUCUUUGAUGCUGACUCAAAUGUUCUUCAAGCGCUUUCUGGGUCUAACAUUGGCGUCACUGUGGGUAUUCCUAACACUAUGCUUAGAAGCUUGAACUCUUCCAAGAAGGCUGCUGAUAGCUGGGUCCAUGAUAAUGUGACUCGAUACAUUUCUAAUGGGGGAAGCGGAGUUCGAAUCGAAUAUGUUGCUGUGGGUGAUGAGCCAUUUCUCCAAAGCUAUGGUGAGCAAUUUCAUCCCUUCGUUAUUGGAGCAGUUGCAAACAUUCAGGCAAGUCUAGUGAGAGCGAAACUGGAUAGCAGAGUGAAAGUCGUGGUCCCAUGCAGUUUGGACAGUUUCCAGUCAGAAUCUAACCUUCCUUCCAAAGCACACUUCAGACCUGACCUCAACAAAACCAUGAUUGAACUCCUGUCAUUUCUUAAUAAGCAUGAGUCCCUUUUCUUUGUGAGUAUUUCUCCAUUCGUAGAACACCUGCAGAACAAAAACAUAUCGCUGGACUUUGUGCUCUUCAGAGAAACCCCGCACAUUCGUCAUGAUAACCAUAAAGCAUACAAAAAUAGCUUUGACUUGAGCUAUGAUACAGUGGUGACUGCACUAUCAGCAGCAGGAUUUCAAAAUAUGGACAUUGUCGUGUCAAAGAUCGGUUGGCCAACAGAUGGAGCAGCCAAUGCAACUUCAUAUCUUGCAGAGACCUUUAUGAAGGGUUUGAUGAACCACCUUCGUAGCAACUUGGGCACCCCGGUUAAGCCUCGGCAUCCACCUGCUGAAACAUACCUAUUUAGCCUUCUUGACGAGGACCAAAGGAGCAUUGUUUCUGGAAACUUCGAGAGGCAUUGGGGUAUAUUCACUUUUGAUGGCCAAGCGAAAUACCAGGUUGAUCUUGGCCAAGGUUCAUCCAAGAACCUUGUAAAUGCACAAAACGUUGAGUAUCUUUCUUCCAAGUGGUGUGUGGUGAACAACAAUAAAGACAUGUCCAAUGCCACUGCUAGUGCUGCAUAUGCCUGCUCAAAUGCUGAUUGUACCGCCCUAUCUUCUGGUGGAUCUUGCUUUAACUUAAGCUGGCCCGGCAACAUAUCAUACGCUUUUAAUAGCUACUAUCAGCAGCAUGAUCAGAGAGCAGAAAGCUGUGAUUUUGGGGGUUUGGGUUUGAUCACAACUGUCGAUCCAUCGAGUGAUCAUUGUAGGUUUCCGAUUGAGAUUCACACUUCUCAUUCUGAAUUUCUUGGGGUCCAUCAUUAUCAUCAGGGGUUCACAUUACUGGGAGCUUUCUUCUUGGCAUGUUUUUGCAGUUUGACAUAGGUAAGAUGAGGAUCAUUUUUGUAGCUCGCUGGCAUAUAGUAGUUCUGCUGCAAAUAUUUCUUGUUGAACUGAAUGGUUCGCCUGACUAUUAUGCCAUUAAUGUCUGCCUGUCCAUGGUUUUUUUUUUUUUUGGUUGGUUUCUUCUCCAUUUGAGAUCAAGU